AUGCCCAGCGCCUCUUUUAUGGCGUCCAGGUCGUACGUGCGGAGAUCCCGAAGGAAAGGCGCCAACCGAAUUCCCACGCCAUCUAGAACUACAUCAGCCGAACCAUGUGAAUCCUCUUGUCCGAUUCACCCCAAUCAAAACAUUCCCGCCGUCGCUCCAGGCGCCAUCCCCGCGCUAGCCCCCUCCGGAGCCAGCACUAGUAGCGGAGUUUUUCUGUUACCAGGUGGCGGAGCCGUUCCCACUCACCACUCCCCGUACGAUUUGCGAAGGAAGAGUCCUUCGCACCACGAUGGUCCGGGACCCAGUACCAGUGCAGCCACAGCAGGUUCUCCCACGUCUCCCGCUACGCCGACCAUCCCCGCUCAAGGAUACACAUCGGUCAUGCUGCCUGCCAGAAAAAGACCCCGACGGACCUGCUCGGCUUCCUACGAGAAUUGCACCAACACUGCUGCUCAUUACCUCCAAUACGAACUCCCCGACGAAGUCUUGCUCACUAUCUUCAACUAUCUGCUAGAAUUGGACUUGUGCCGCGUCAGCCAGGUUUGUAAACGCUUCCAGGCCAUCGCCAAUGAUACCGAGAUUUGGAAACGGUUAUACCAAAGCGUGUAUGAGUACGACCUACCUUUGUUCAAUCCAGCUGCUUGUCGUUUCGAAUUCGUCAGCCCAGAGGAAUCUGAAUUGGCAAAUCCUUGGAAAGAGUCAUUUAGGCAGUUGUAUAGGGGCAUUCACGUGCGUCAAGGUUAUCAGGAUCUAGCAUUCAAGGGUCGCAAUCUGGUUUACUUUAAUACAGUACAAGGAGCUUUAGAUUAUGCAGACGAACGUAGCGGUUCUAACAGCAGUUCGGGCUCGGUUACAGGUUCCUGCAGUAACCAUUCGACGGAUGGUUGGACCCAAGGGGCGUUGAUAUUCCUGCACGCAGGGACCUACCGCGGUGAAUUUCUGGUGAUCGAUUCGGAUAUAUCCUUGAUUGGAGCCGCGUCCGGUAAUGUUGCUGAAUCGGUAAUUUUAGAACGCGAAUCAGAAUCUACCGUUAUGUUUGUAGAGGGCGCCAAAAACGCUUACGCCGGACAUUUAACUCUAAAGUUCUCACCGGACGUCACUUUGAACGUGCCGCACCACAAGCAUUACUGUUUGGAAGUAGGGGAGAAUUGCAGCCCGACCAUCGACCACUGUAUCAUUCGCAGCACUUCCGUAGUCGGGGCGGCCGUUUGUGUGAGCGGUCCCGGAGCCAAUCCCGUUAUCAGACACUGUGAUAUUAGCGAUUGCGAGAACGUGGGAUUGUACGUGACCGAUUACGCUCAAGGUACGUAUGAGGAUAACGAAAUUAGCCGUAACGCUCUAGCUGGGAUUUGGGUCAAGAACUAUGCUAACCCGAUCAUGCGUCGCAAUCACAUCCAUCACGGUAGAGACGUUGGGAUAUUCACCUUCGAUAACGGUCUGGGAUAUUUCGAAGCCAAUGAUAUCCAUCAUAAUCGGAUAGCUGGGUUCGAAGUUAAAGCCGGCGCUAAUCCUACUGUAGUCCAUUGCGAGAUCCAUCACGGACAGACUGGUGGGAUUUACGUACAUGAGAACGGUUUGGGGCAGUUCAUCGACAAUAAGAUCCAUUCGAAUAAUUUUGCCGGCGUAUGGAUCACUUCGAACAGCAAUCCUACAAUACGUCGUAAUGAAAUUUACAACGGGCAUCAAGGCGGUGUUUAUAUCUUUGGGGAAGGUAGAGGAUUGAUUGAACACAAUAACAUUUACGGUAACGCUCUAGCUGGGAUACAGAUCCGUACUAACAGUGAUCCCAUAGUCAGACAUAACAAGAUACAUCACGGCCAGCACGGCGGGAUAUACGUGCACGAAAAGGGUCAGGGGUUGAUUGAAGAGAAUGAAGUUUACGCCAACACUCUAGCCGGAGUUUGGAUCACUACUGGGAGUACCCCGGUGCUGCGAAGGAACAGGAUCCACUCCGGUAAACAAGUUGGUGUGUAUUUCUACGAUAACGGGCACGGUAAACUAGAAGACAAUGAUAUAUUUAACCAUUUAUAUUCUGGGGUGCAAAUUAGAACCGGUAGUAAUCCGGUGAUUAGAGGUAAUAAAAUCUGGGGAGGUCAAAACGGUGGAGUAUUGGUUUACAACGGCGGGUUAGGAUUGCUGGAGCAAAACGAGAUAUUUGAUAACGCCAUGGCGGGCGUUUGGAUUAAGACUGAUUCCAAUCCCACUUUGAAACGGAACAAGAUCUUUGACGGUCGCGAUGGUGGGAUAUGCAUCUUCAAUGGCGGGAAAGGAGUGUUGGAAGAGAACGAUAUCUUUCGUAAUGCACAAGCUGGCGUGCUGAUUUCGACUCAAAGCCAUCCUGUGUUGAAACGCAAUAGAAUUUUUGAUGGCUUAGCGGCUGGGGUGGAAAUCACCAACAACGCUACAGCAACUCUAGAAUACAAUCAGAUCUUCAACAACAGAUUUGGCGGCUUGUGCUUGGCCAGCGGUGUUCAACCCACAGUACGUGGUAACAAGAUCUUCAACAACCAAGACGCUGUUGAGAAAGCCGUCGCCAAUGGUCAAUGUCUAUACAAAAUCUCUUCCUACACCUCCUUUCCCAUGCACGACUUCUACAGAUGCCAGACUUGCAAUACGACAGAUAGGAACGCCAUCUGCGUGAAUUGCAUCAAGACUUGCCAUGCCGGGCACGAUGUGGAGUUUAUCAGACAUGAUAGGUUCUUCUGUGAUUGCGGCGCGGGUACGCUGACGAAUCAGUGCCAGUUGCAGGGCGAGCCCACCCAGGAUACGGAUACGUUGUACGAUUCGGCCGCUCCAAUGGAGUCACAUACAUUGAUGGUGAAUUAA